UGUAGGGCAGUUAGGGUUGCGACCGCCACAGUCACCCUGUAGGCCUCUCUCUCUCUCUCUCUCUCUCUGUGCAAACAAAAGCAAGCAACCAACGGAAAACAAUGACAGAGCUUCCAAACGGUUACAUUUCACCUUUUUGCUUCUUUUGCAAAGCCAAGAAAGAAACACACACCCAUACAUACAUCCCAUCCAUACUCCCCAAGGAAAAUAUGUGCCGAUUCGGACCUACGACUCUCUCUCUCUCUUCCUUGGCUUUCGGACCGUUUGUCCCAGGAAGACCACCCAAUUCUCCAAUCCUCCCGCAGAUCUCGCGGAGACCCAGAAAAUAAACGAUAAUAUCAGCCGAAAAGACCAACAGCAAAGCGAAGUUUAGGAUUGGGCUGUCUUUCGGGGGUUUAAGCGAGCAGCCCCAUUUCUCUCUUGACUGCCAGGAGGGGAGGGAAGGAUACAGAUAGAGACAUACACACAGGAGAGAGGAUGCAAUCUCAUUCAUAAACGUAUGUGAGGGACAUCUGGAAUUCUCCCGCUCGAUCCAUGCUCAAUGGGUUGCUUUAGCUCCAAGCAUGCGGCGGGGGCUGCUUCGUCCUCUGUUUUCGUCCACCCGGCUGACAACAACAAUGGUUCCGCUAUUAUUCUGGAGCCACACUUGUUGAAGAAGAACCGAUCCGGAAAGUUCGAUUUGGAUAGUAAUCACGAUGGUAAAAGUACUAAGGAGAAUAGGUCCCCGGAUCGUGGCCGUGACCUCAAGAAGUCCAGGAAGGAGAGCUCUCAUUCCCAUUCCCUCUCCCAUUCUCAUUUGCAUUCCAAUUCCAAAGGCUCGUUCAGCUUCAAGAUCGGGUUCUCCCAACGGUACGUUCAGGCAGAACAAACCGCCGCCGGGUGGCCCACCUGGCUCAGCUCUGUCGCCGGCGAUGCCAUCAUUGGUUGGGUCCCUCUCAGAGCAGAUUCUUUUGAGAAAUUGGAGAAGAUUGGACAAGGUACAUACAGCAGUGUAUUUCGAGCACGUGAAGUUGAAACUGGGAGAAUGGUUGCCCUGAAGAAGGUUCGAGUUGACAAUUUUCAGCCAGAGAGCAUAAGGUUUAUGGCUCGAGAAAUAAUGAUCCUCCGCAGGCUGGACCAUCCAAAUAUCGUAAAGUUGGAGGGGCUUAUUACCUCUCGGUUAUCAAGUAGCAUAUACCUCGUAUUUGAGUACAUGGAACAUGAUCUAUCAGGAUUGAUAUCCAGCCCUGACGUUAAAUUUAGUGAAGCGCAGGUCAAGUGUUAUAUGACACAGCUAUUAUGUGGAAUUGAGCACUGCCACCUACGAGGUAUAAUGCAUCGAGACAUUAAAGCAUCCAAUAUCUUGGUAAACAACGAAGGAAUUCUGAAAGUGGGGGAUUUUGGACUUGCAAAUAUCAUUAGCCCAAAGAAUAGGCAACCACUUACCAGUCGUGUGGUUACUUUAUGGUAUCGUCCUCCUGAACUUUUGAUGGGGUCGACGAAUUAUGGAGUAUCAGUGGAUCUCUGGAGUGUGGGCUGUGUAUUUGCAGAACUUCUUAUUGGAAAGCCUAUCCUUAAAGGGAGAACUGAGGUUGAGCAAUUACACAAAAUUUUCAAGCUUUGUGGUUCGCCACCUGAUGAGUUUUGGAAGAAGUCUGAACUUCCUCAUGCAGCUAUGUUUAAACCUCUGCAUAAUUAUGAAAGUUCAAUUGGGGAGAAGUGUAAAGAUUUUCCUACAACUGCUGUGAAGCUUAUUGAAACUCUACUUUCCAUAGAACCUCAAAAGCGUGGGACUGCGUCCUCUGCCCUUAUGUCUGAGUAUUUCAACACACAGCCUUUUGCAUGUGAUCCAUCAAGCUUACCAAAGUAUCCCCCAAGCAAGGAAAUUGAUGCUAAAAAUCGUGAGGAUGGAAGAAGGAAAAAGUCUGGUGCUAAAGUGCGAGAGCCUGCAGCAUCGAGAAAGCCUAGAAGACUCCGUAAAACUUUGCAAGAAACAAACCGUAUCAGUAAAUUAGCGCCAAAAGAGAAAAUGCAAGAUUCUACUCAACUUGCGGAUAGAAAUAAUGACAUUUAUGCACAUACUCCUAAAGGAAAAGAUGGUUUUGUGCGUAGAGCACCACUAAAGCUAUCAUUUGAUACACAGUCAGAGACAUCCCAAGUGAUGGAUGCAUUUCAAGGAGACAGUACGUUUUCAGGCCCAACAGAAGUCUCGGCGUCAAGUGGCUUUGCAUGGGCAAAAAGGCAAAAAGAGGAUGCUGCAUCCACAAUAUCAGAUGGAUCAAAAAGCAAAAUUAGUGCGUUAGAUCCAUCCUUUGCAAAAUCGUCUUACAUAACCAAAAGAGAGAAUGAUCUUUUGAGCAGGGUUCUUACCAAUUCGAUUGAGACUGCCAAGCAUGAAAUGAAGAAGGAGCAACACCAACUUGAUAGGCCAGAUUUUUCCGAAGCAUCUGAUGCAUUUCAUUCUCCUGAUGUAUCGAUGACAUUUAGACGAAAGGAAGAAACAGGUGCUUUGACAAACAAUGUGGGUUAUAAAAGCAGAGGCAAGCAUAUUGAAUUCUCAGGACCAUUGUUAUCCCAACCAAGUAAAUUUGACGAACUUCUGCAAAAGAAUGAAAGUCACAUACGGCAAGCAGAUCGCAGAUCAAGGUUUGAAAGAGAUUGAUGAUGGAAGGUUUCUAGGGUUCAGAGAUGACAAUGCUUGUGUUGUGGACUUCCAAGCGAAUGCUGGAGUCAUCUCCAUGAGUGAGCUCUCCAUCAGUGCUUCCAACACCUCUUACAAGCUCAAAUUGCUAAAUCUUGCUGACACGGUGCUACCUCGCUUCAGUUUCAAACCCAAAUGAUGUGCUCAUACCCCUUGUAUCAUUUAACAGUGUUUCCAUUCUAUGCCAAAAGAAAAACAGGAACACGUGCCUUGAUGAUGUAGAAA